AUGGCGCACGGGGCGACGAUAUCGGAGCAGACGGAAUUAGACAGCGACGGUUCGAGUUGCGGUGAACGAGGGGACACCAGGAAACGUCUUCGCGUCGACGUGGACUUGACCGGGCCGAAAAAGCGACGGAAACAAACUACCCCCGUACGGUUCUCCUCCACGUUGAUGACCGGUGUGCACGAGGAAUCGAACGAGGACGAGGAUGAGGUCGAGGACAGCGAAGGUAAGCUGUCGACGCUGUCACCCAUACCGAGUCUGUCGUCGAUACGCGACGAGUACCUGAAUAACGAGUUCCGUUGUCAGUAUUGUAGUCAGUUUUUCGACAGCAAGGACACGCUAAACGUGCAUCUCGAUAACGAUCACGGUCCCGCCACUCAGCUAGCGUGUCAGAGUCAGACUAACGCCACGAAUACCGCGAUCAAGGUGGAACCGUCAAUGCAACUAGACCAAUCCGAGAAUCCCGUUAAUCUGCUUACCGUAAAGAACUUCGCGACAAGCUGGCUAAGCGGUGGUCAACACAUGCAAUCCCACACGCAGAUCCAGACGCAGAACGAGGAUCUAUGGCCCGGCCCCGUGAAUCAGAUACCCUCUAUACCAAAUCAUUUGCAAGCGUUGUCCGGUUUCCCAGGCGCGUUAACGCCCUAUCUACCCUUGCCCGCGUUCCCGUUAACCGAUUCUAGUCAGAUGGUCCGACCGUCGAUGGGACCGACCCCAGUCAGGAUCUUCAAUCCGGACGCGUACUGCGAUCUCUGCAACAAAGAGUUCUGCAACAAGUAUUUCCUGAAGACGCACAAGGCGAACAAGCACGGGAUCUACGUCGACUCGCCUGGCCCUAGCGCGGCGGACAAUAACAUACCCGGGACACUUUAUCCGGGGAGCUUUCCUAACAACGUGGUCAAGCUGGAACCGCCCGCAACACCGCCUACGUUGACCGCAGUCUGCGAUCUCUGCCAUAAACGCUUCAAAAACGAGGACUCGGUGCGCAAACACAAGCAAAAGAUGCACACGGAACUGUCGGAUCAAUCGCAGGAGCCGCAAAUGAAUUUCUCGCAGAACGAUGAUGACAGAGAGACGCCGAGAAACAGCCCGGGCGGUAUUGAAAUGUUAUUCAAACAGGAGUACGGGGUGGAACAAGAGGACGCAACGUACGUGCCAGCGCCCAGAAACCUAUCGCCCCAAUCUAGUCAGCAGGCAAGGGACGCUGGAUUUAACGCCGAUCGGCUGCGUCGUCUAGGGGUCAUAAAUCCGGAAGCCUUCUGCGAGAUAUGCUGUAAGGAGUACUGUAACAAGUACUUCCUGCGCACGCACAAGAUGAAGCGACACGGUAUCGUCCUACAGGACAACGAGAAAUCGCCCAGUGCCCAAGGAUCAGCGGCCACUUGGCACCAAGUGCAAACCAGCCCGUUAAAUUUGAUCGUGGCGGAGAACGCCGGUAGCUCGGAAUCGAACGAACGAUCCGGGGACGAUUACGAGUGCAAGCCGUGUGGCAUACGAUUCCAAACGAUCGGUAUAUAUCAGGCGCAUUGUCGGAAGAUGCACGAAACCGAGGAAGAACAGUCCCCGAAACAAGGAAGCGACCUGGAUGGUACGGAUCAACGGAACGAUUCGAUCUCCGAGGAUCUUCAGAAGUUGCAGACGAUGCUUUUGCAAUUGAAUGGAUUGAAGUCUGGCAACGGUCUAUCGUGCGGCGCGUGCGGUAAAGAAUGUGAGAGCAAAGCCGUAUUAGAUAUUCAUAUGGUGACGGAGCACGGUACCAUCGGCGAGGACACGACCACCUCGCCUCAAAAUAAGUCACCGUUAACCGCGACGUCCGCGUUUUGCACCCUCUGCGGCAAAGAGUACCCGAGCCAAGACGCUCUCCGAAGACACAUCACCGAGGAUCAUCAGCCAGCGAUUUCGAGUUCCGUUCCUCACACUCCCACCACCACCGCAACCGUGACCAAUUCAACACCGACGAGCCAAACUUCAACAGAGAAGAAAGUAAUGUCCAUGACGCCCACCUCGAGCUACUGCGAGAUAUGCAACAAAGAGCUGUGCAACAAGUACUUCAUGAAGACCCAUAUGCAGAGAAUGCACGGUAUCGAGAUCGAGAACGGAGCCCAGAUCGGUGGUGUUAUUUGUAACAUCUGCAACAAGGAACUAUGCAGCAAAUACUUCUUGCGCGUUCACAAGCAUAAUACUCAUGGCAUCGUGGAUGAGAAUACACCCAGCUCGACCAAACAGGAGACACACGAUUCGGCGAACACCGACGAUGCUCUAAAGCCGGAACAGCUAGGCGAUCUAAAUCAUCGAUACUUCACUCAUUUCACCGAGGUCUGUCCCAUUUGUAACAGACGUUUCCGUAGUAUAAAGUGGCUGAAGGCUCAUCUGAUGGGAGAUCACGGGAAGGUCGGCAUCGAUAAAUGGCGCGAGUUGGAACAACAAUACCAAACGACCUCCAGAUCGGGUAACCGAGCACUGAACACCACGAAGAACGUUCAGAGUUUGAAUUUGAAGAUACCAAACGGAUACGAGAUCCCGCAACAAAUGAAGCCAGCCGAUUACGCGGGUCUGGGCAAUCAAGUGCUGUCGAAUCUCCUAGGAUCAUCAUCGGAAGAUCAACAGCUAAAAAGCUACCGUUGUUCGUAUUGCAACUUCACGACGACGGUGCUGCCGUUUCUCUUUCUUCACGAAAGAUCGCACGUGAACACCCAAGAGAGCAUAGAGGGCGAGAAAUCGCUUCAGUGCCCGAUCUGUUCCCAGGGCUUUCAUCAGCCGGAGAUGUUGCAUCAACAUCUACUCACCGCUCAUCAGUUUCCCGCGUUACUCUCGCACUUUCAGCCACCGGUUCUCAAUAAUUUAGGUUUGGACAUGGAGAAACUGAACGAGGUGAAAGAGAAGUUCGAUCAGGAGCCGAAGGAGGACCGAGUGGAAAACAGUCCGCAAGUCACUGCCAAUCAAACGAUUCCCGAAUCGAUCAGGAACCAACGACCAGGCGACACCGCGGUUCAGGUGACCCUCCAGGGUGUGUACAAGUGCACGCAAUACGAUUACGCGACGACCAAUUUGAAUAGAAUCAACAAAUGCGUACGAAAGGAUCAGCUCAGCCGAACGCUGAAGGACGUCGCGGAGAAACAUAAGAUGCCCGCCAGCUACGCCUUACCCCAAGACAUGAACUCGAACCCCGAUAAAACGAUCAUGCAGCCGUUUUUAAUGAAGGAACAGGACAUUAUGGAAGCUGGCGAGGAAUCCAGCUCGGUCAAACGAUUCGCGCCGGCCGUGGUUUAUUUACCGGUGAAAUCGCGAAUUAGCAACGCGCUGACUGCCUCCUUCACCCUAAGCCCUGCUUGA